GGCCUAUAUAAAGAAAGAGAGUGUAGCAAGAGAAGAGAGGUGUGGUUUGUAGGAUCAUUUGGGGAGCACUACAGAGACUGAACUGUGCAGUAACAGAAACCACUUGUGUGUUUGUGCGUGUGUGUCCAUGUGGCUGAAAGUAUAGUAUUUGGGAAGUGUCUGUCUGUGUGUGUGCGUGUGUGUGUGCGUGUGUGUGUGUGUGUGUGUGUGCGUGUGUGUGUGUGUGUGUGUGUGUUUGAGGAACCAUGUCAGGUCUCGGGAAAGGUUUGACAGUGAAGCGCUGCCUCACCUUUGCUACGGGUCUGGUGGAGUGUCUGUGUUUUGCUGGAGCUGUGUUUGGAUGGGCUUCUCUUGUCUUUGUUUUGAAGACCGAGGGCUACUUCAGCUCUCUGUGUGUCAACACCACAGGAGUCAAUGCAACGCAGGUCUUAGAUUGCAGCGGGCAGGAUGAACAGUUCUCUCUUGUUUUCACCAUCGCCUCCUUUAUGAACAAUUUCCUGACGCUGCCUAAUGGUUUCCUCUUUGACCGGUUUGGUACUACAGUGGCUCGACUCCUUGGAACCUGUCUUUAUACCCUGGGUUCCUUGAUGUUGGCUUUGUCCACUGCAGCUUUCUCCAACCUCCUCUUUCCAGCUAUUUCACUCCUGGCAGUAGGAGGCAUCUUGUUUUUAUUGACCAACAUGCAGGUUGGAAACCUGUUUGGCUCCCGUCGCUCGACCAUCAUUACUCUCUAUAACGGGGCGUUCGACUCUUCAUCAGCACUUUUCCUUGUCAUCAAGCUGUUGCACGAGGCGGGCGUCUCUCUGCGAGCCUCCUUCCUCUUCCUGUGCGCCUGCAGCGUCCUUCACCUGCUCAGGACUUUCUUCCUGCUGCCCAGAAAACACAUUCCCUACCCACUGCCGGAUGAAUACACAUACGGGAUAACCUGUGGAAAAUCAAAGACUCUGAGCUUAGAGCAGACAAAAGAUAAUGUUAACGCUCAGAAGAUGAGAGAGGAAAGUCCCCUGAACACAGACGAUCCGGUGAAACAAGAGAAGAGUUUUCGUGAGUGUUUGAUGUCGAGGCUCUUUGUCCUCCACCUGCUGUGGCUGUCAGUGAUGCAGCUCAGACAUUACCUCUUCAUCGGCACCCUCAACCCCAUGCUGCAGAGACUGACAGAGGGAGAGCCUUCAUUGGUGAGCCGGUACAUCAAUGCCUUUGCUAUAACACAGCUGUGUGGCGUGCUGUGUGCUCCAUGGAACGGCCUCAUCUUUGACAGACACAAGGGCAAACCUCGUGCUGCAGGAGAAAGUGAACAGGAAGCGGACCUGCGUGCCUCCAUACUUUCUCUCUUCCUUACGGCGCUGCAGUGUGUGUUGUUCUCGGUUUGUGCCGCCACCCCAUACCUGCCGCUUCAGUACCUCACCUUCAUCCUUCAGGUGCUCAACCGCUCCUUCCUCUAUGGCGGCAACGCAGCUUUCCUCAGUGUGGCUUUCCCGUCCUGCCACUUUGGGAAACUGUAUGGUCUGGUCAUGGCUCUGUCUGCAGUGUUUUCUGUGCUGCAAUAUCCAUUCUUUGCCUUGGUGAAUGGACCUCUGGGUGGAGAUCCUUUAUAUGUGAACAUUGGUCUGGCGCUGCUCAGCCUGCUCGCCUUCAUCCAUCCUCUCUCUGUGCUCCUGCACUGUAGAAGUCUCGCCUCCCAGCGAGCCAUCAGUGCCUCCUCUUAAAGUCUGUAAAAUGAGACUCUAAAAUGCAAUUAUAACCAUUCCGUUUGUUUAAUGGUUAAUACCGGUAAUAUUUGUAUCAUGCUUGAAAAUGCAUUUCAAAUGGCAGCAAUGUGCAUUCAAAGCGCAUUCACCACAUUCUCCUGGAUACAUGUUUUUUAUUUUUCCUGUUGGUUGUAUCAAAGAUAUGAUGUCUAAUGUUUCCAGUAUUUUUUUAUAUUUCAAUAGAAGGACUGAGAGUAAUGAAGGAUUCCGUUUUUUUAUGAAAAAAGGGAAAUGUGUAUCUUUUUUUGUAUCAUUAAGUUUAUGCUUUAGGUUGACUGUAUUUUGAGGGUCAAGACUGAAUAGGUAGUAAUGUUGUUGAAAUGUCACUUUAAAUAUGUAUAUUAUUCAUUGUGAUGCACCAAAUUAAAUGAAUCUUUGUAAAUAAGUAUAGCAAACAGAAUGAUUAUGUUUGUAUCCUUACUCUUCCUCAUAUAAAACUAUAAUGACAAACAACAUGCAUGUACAAGCAACUACCUUUUUUUUUAAACAGAGGGUGCAGAAAAUGCAAUUUAAUAAGAGGUUGUUUUAUUUUUUAGACCAGAACUACAUCCUUCUAGUGUUGUAAUACAAUGCUGCAUUGAUUUGGAGUCACAUGACAAAAGCUAUUGAAAAAAA